UGGCAAAAUGGGCCUGUUUCAUAGAACUUCCACAUUAGGGUUGGUAACAUUGUUGGUACCGUGCAUUUGGUGCACGUUAAGGAACCGCAGGUGGUCAGGCUUAAUCCGGAGUCCCCCACUACGCGUUCCUCAUAAUUAUAUCGUGGUUUCUGCACGGAAAUCUCUAGAAUUCAAUUGUUUUUGGUAACUUGGCGAGAAAGUAGCCAGAUUUUGAGUUUUCAGACACCACAACGAAAACUUUGGCUCAGUUCAAUGCGUCUAUAGCAUUUGAUGCGCCUUUAUUAGUCAGUGAUACUAAAGACACACCGAAUAGCCUAUUAGCGAGCCACCUGGUGCUUGAAAGCUGGUUUUCCAGGCAAGCCCCAAUAUUGAGAUGGGAUACCGAUUGGGAAAAUCGGGGGUUAUUUUACUUUUUCAUAUGCCGGCCGUUGACUCACCGCCGCAAUGGUUAAUUUAAAGCCGCAGUUAAAAAAAUUGUAUUUUUAACUAAAAUGUCUAGUUUUGAAAAUGUUUUAAGACACACUAACUAAAAACAAGUAAGUCUGCUCACCACUGCGCUUGGCAUUCAAUGCUGAGCGACAUCGAGGGAGAACGGUGGUUUCGCAUGGCCCUUGUUCAUAUGUCCGCAGAACUGACUGAGCUCCUUUUUAUUAAUGCGCAAACAUUAUAUUACUCAUGAGGCAGAAAAUCCGGCGUUGGCCUGACCACGCCCUGGUCCGAAAAGGCUCGACCUUUGGUGGAAGUCGAACCUACAACCUUUGGUGUUCAUUAGGGCGAACUUAAUUAAGGCACGUUUAGUUAACGCGAAGUUAAAAAGGUAUAGUUAAUUAAGGCACUCGAACCCACAACCAUUUGUGGAAGUCGCAACCUCGACCUUUGGUGGGAGUCGAACCGACGACCUUGCGUUGUGCGCACCUGGCACGAACUCCGUUGGUCACAUCGCGGCGCUUCUGCUGACGUGGCCGCUCGAGUCACCUGACUCCGCCAGUGGCGCCACCGGAGGUCGCGGCGCUUCUGCUGACGUGGCUGCUCGAGUCAUGUGACUCCGCCAGUGGCGCCACCGGACGUCACCGGCGCUUCUUCUGACGUGGCCGCUAUGCUUCCGCAUUCAUCCACUUAGGGAUAACUAAGUGCCCCUUUAAUUUUUGGUUUCAUAACUAUGGGGUUCGCGCAAUGUCAAGAGAGGAAGCUUCUAUACUGUUAUUUGCGCCGUUUAAAUAUUCUACACCGGAAACAAUUCUGAAUAUUAAAUUUUGAAAUAUUGGCUCCGCAUACUCCGCUUUAAACUACAUUGAUCUUUCUCAUAGUAUUGUCCUGCAAAUCUGAUAGAAUACCGUUUUGGGAAAAUAGUGAUCGGAAAGGCAAUGCAGUUCAGUGGGAGGUUGGGAACGCAUCCCUAAAAAUGGCAGUACUUUGUAAAUUAAAUUUACCUAUAAAGUAGUGUUUGUGUGUUUUUACCUCACACCCAUAUACUCCUUGAACAUUGCGAUUUGGAUUUAGGAACAUCCUCUCAGCGUGCAAUCCGGAAGAGUACACGCGUCCUUGCAUGCGUGUCUGUAGAUGCCUUCCGUGUGAGCGUUCUACAAAGCUGGUUUUUCGGCAGCAUGAGUAUUCACGCGGGGAAGCCCACUGCAGUGAACCGCUUCGCUUUACAGCAAACAGCCGUUUUGUUUCAAGCAUUCAUGAGGGCGUGAUGGGAAAUUUGUCAGAAAGGCGGUAAGUAUAACUAAAAAUAACCAACUCCCUAUAUAAUGAGGCGAUGUCUUGCCACAUUUUUUUUUCGUUUCUUUUACUUUCGGAGAACACCGCCUCAUGCUUGUGUUGUAAACGAACUUAGCCGCACUGAAGCCACCCUUCUAGCAUAUACGAAGUAAGAACAGGAUCGGCAUAGAGUAUUGACUCGCAUAAUGCUCGCACCCUCCACAUUGACCAUUAAAAAUGAAGUUUUUCCUUUUUUCCUCGAGCAGUCAUCGCACCCUCGAAAAUUACUGCAGAGACAAUCGUUUGCUUGUUCAGAGGUCAGUGUCGACAAAGACUCUGAAUAAUUCGGACCAGAGUCACUUUAUUUAUUCGUUUAGUGACUCUAUGUUCAGCUAGGCCGGUAUUUUGUAGCGAUGACUUUAAAGUAAUAAUGCCUUUUCGCGCUUAUCGCGCUUUGUCAGUGGUCAGAGCGACGGUCCGCUCGCGUUAUCAACGGGAUCAGCCGGCCGUGAGCGGUGGAUGAUAAGACUAUUCCAAAAUAAGUCAUAAGACAUCGCUACAAAAUCGCGGCCCUAGUGUCUACAAAUAAAGGACAUUUGCCGUUCCUGCUUGUGUAGAACCUGUGCUGUUAUUUCAAAGGUAAGUGCCGUUGGGAAGCAAUUCUUUGUUAGUUUAGAAUGGCUGGCAUGAGAUGGCCCAUUUACAGCCACUUCAUUUUUCAACUGCGUAGUGUGGCCUGUGAGUUAGCUGCCACCCGCAAUGAAGGAAAGAAAAGCUCCUGGCAGACGACAUGCGAGCGCUCCGAUGCCGUAAUACGCGUAAAGGAAGGCUAUACUCUCACUGCACAUGCGCACAACGAUUCUGCGGUGCCGCCAGGCUACACUCGUAGUACUAAAAUUCACGCCAUCCCGUGCUCACGCUCGAAAAGAUCAAGAUAGUACGGGCAAAGUAGCGGUCGUUGCCGAGCCAGAAGCGUGUUGUCUGCUUGAGGGGUGGAGUGUGCGUGCUGGGUUGCAUUAUAACGAGACUUUCGAGGCUGUUCGACACUGCCUGCAAAACCACUGUUCCUGCCACCGCCUCGGUUACCACCGAUCCCGCAAGCCAGCUUCGAAAGAUGUGGCAGGACAUCGAGAGCGUCCUGCUGGGCGACAUGGCGCCUGGCUUCAGCCCCGAGCCCCGCGGCCCGAGCCCUCUUCCCCCUCGGCGACCACCCCUGCCUCCGCCCUCGGCGCCGGGCCCCGGCUACCACCACCACGGCGGAGGUGGCGGAGGCCCCGGCCAGCACCACCUCGCCGGCGCGGCCGCGUUUACGGCGCCGCCACGACCCGACCUCCUCGAAGACCUCGGCCUCACCGUGGCCGACCCCAAGCACCCUUACGCCGGUGGAGGAGGCACCGACUCGCCGGCAUCCUCCAUACCUCCGCCGCCCGCCUACCCGGCGCCCUACGCCUGGCCCGCGCCGUCCAAGUGCUCGGGCUACCUAGCCGCGGCGCGGUGUCCCUACCCUCCCCAAUGGUGCGGUUCCAUGCCGGACUCGUCCCGCUACGGCCCUCCGUGCGGUACUCCCCUGAGGCCAUCCCCGGCCAUCGGGUCCUGCUUCGGGCAGGGUAGGGUACCGUCGCCGUCGCCAUCGCCGUCACCGCUCCAGCACGACGGACUAGUGGUGCCUCCUCCCGCCCUCUACCCCGGUCCCAGCCUGGUGCCCGCGCCUCCGGCGCCCAAGCCCCGCCGGGGUCGCCGGUCGCGCGGUCCCAAGAAGGUGACCGUGCACACCUGUUCCUACCCGGGGUGCUCGAAGACGUACUCCAAGAGUUCGCACCUCAAGGCGCACCUGCGCACUCACACGGGCGAGAAGCCUUACCAGUGCAACUGGAAAGGGUGCGGCUGGAAGUUUGCUCGCUCGGACGAACUGACGCGCCACUACCGCAAGCACACGGGCGACAGGCCGUUCCAGUGCCGCUUGUGCGACAGGGCCUUCUCCCGGUCGGACCACCUCUCGCUGCACAUGAAGAGGCACGCCGAGGUGAUCUGAUUGUGCCGUUCGGGGGGGUUUGCUCCGGUUCGGCGAGGUGAUGUGUCCGAUACUCCUGCGUACGUCUCGACUCCUCCGAGAUGCCACGUCCCGGUGCUAUAGCGCGGAGGGGCGUCCAUUGCUCAAGUGCUGCGUCGGCCCCAGAACCGAGGCCGCCUGCCACACGACCAAAGAUGGCGAUACUCCUCCUUCUCCUCCAUUUCGCCCCGUAUCUCUUUCUCUCUCCCUGUCUCUGCAAUACCAGAGACCACGUGGACCACUACUACUACCAAUACUACUCACGUCCAGGGACGAGUCCGGCGGUUCCAGAACGAUGCGCCUCCGUUCACACAUCCAAGCCUGCAGCACCAGCGCACUCUGUCCACUGCUGCGUUGCCCAGGAAGGAAUGUACUCACGGGACACAUUUCUCACCAAUCCCAAGAAUCGUGAUGGCGUGCUGUACUCUCCUGGCAAGAAAGAUUAUCUGAGCUGCGUGAAACGGCGUUCCCCCUUUCCUUUAAACGCCGUUUCUUAUGUCAUGAUGCUGAUGCGUGGUAUACACUCAGUGCCUCGUGCAGUGUCCAGGAAAAACAAAACGCACCGCUCACAGCACGCGCGCGAAAGUACUCCAUGGCCAAAACAACGAUCACUUGUGUGAAACUGCAUUCCUCGCUGUCUGCGAUGAUGUAACGUGGUACAGCGCGGCGCCUCGUACAGUGUCCAGGAAGAAGCGGCUAAAAAACAUCGCGCGCAGCUGUCUCCAUCCAAGAAAAGACAGCGGCAGACAACGUGUCCCGAGGCAAGUGAACAGAUCUUCGAAAGUGCGUUUUGUCACCUGCCUUCAGCGACGCAACCGUCGUCGUGCUUCUUCUGAGUGUGGUGUCGGUAGCCAGCAGACCGCGUGCGCGCGCAGUUUUUCGCCAGUCCUGGAUCGACAACGUCCUUUUGGUUUUCUGGAGUUCAAGAACGCGAUUACAAGAACUCCGUUCGGAAGUCUUGAAGAGCAUCACGUUUAACUGCAGUGGUGGUGAACUGUGCUUGGUUUGCAGUGGAAGGUCAAGUGCUGCGGCCUCAAAGGCCUAAAUAUAUUCAGCAGUCUUACAAGCAAGCGCUGUGGUGUCGUUGUGUCCCGAAGAAAUGCAAAACAAGACAGGAGUUCGCAAUCCUUGAAGAUGGAAACUUGAAGUCAUAUCAAGAGUGACCCAACAUGGGAUGCCUCAGGCUUGACCCAACAUUGCUAGAUCCAAGUCCUUUUAUCGAAAGGUUGGAUCCAACCUGAUGCAUCCUUUGUUGGACCACUGUUGAGUGGCGAAGAGUAUAGUGUGAGCUGUGGGGCGAGGUUGUUAGGGUCAAUGAUAUUGUUAGCGUAAUGUCGAUAGGUUAUUGCAACGCUCGAUUCAGCGCACUCAGCCUUAGAGUUCGGGGAUUGCAUGAAGUAAUGGGCUUGGCCAGCCGACUGUGGUGGAACCGGGUGCGUCGUUCUGUCUUUAAAGACUGAAGGAGCGAGCCACGCGAUAGCAAUUUACAAGGCUUUUGGCAUCACGUGAAAAAUAGUUAGCGGUUUCUCAACGCACAGGCUCUGGUCAGCAGCAAAUUAUUCUCGCGGGCGUCGGCGAUUUCUUUUUUUUUUUCGGUUCCUAAGACGUAGUCUUUCAAUGGUAGUGGGUCCAAGACAGCUGUUGUGAAAACUUCGGCGAUUGAUCUCCGACAGAGCUAACGGGACGAUUUAGGCACCGAAGGAGCAAAUGUAAUAGAAUUUUUUUUCUUUCGUGUUGUCAUUUUCUUGCGACGAAGUUGUUCUUUCUGUAGGAAGAACAUAUAGCAUGUGGCCCAUAUUGCUGAAGUGACAAUACCACAGGGCACGUGCCUAUCUUUCUUAUGGACGGACUUAAUGCCGUAAAUAAAUGAAAUGUCGCUGAAUUAAGGAAUCUUUUCUUUUUUUUUACUCGAUUCAUUACGGUAGAUAAUACUCUCGAAGCCAAUCACAAACCGGUCUGUCCAAACUUAGGAAAGUUUUUGAACUGCAGUCGUUGCUUCUAACUAAAUUUAGGCCUUUCAACUGGAAUGUUUUAGGCUGAAGUUUCGGGCGGUGCUAGACAGCAUGCUCAGCAUGGCAUGAAAGAAAAGUAAGAAGAGAAACCAUGGAGUAGGAGUGUUCUCUUUUAAGCGUACUCGGCAUUCCUCGUGCAUUGCUGCAGCUCACGAUUCAACAACUCGGAGGGCCCUUGAUGUGUGAUGCAGCACAGAAGCAAGGCGUGACGAAAUUAUUGCAAUAGAUGUACUGUCGAGAACAGUGGUGCAACGAGUGUUACGGAGUACUGUUCCGCGUCCCAGCGCGAGUCGUGUCACGCAUGCAGCGAUGACAGAGACCUCAUUCCGUGGACCGUGCUGCUGUGAGCGAAGCAGCUUUCCGUUUGUGCGUGUGUGUUUCAAGGCGUGCUGUGAGUGUUGCCCAGGAUUGCGCCCUUUGGUGCCACCAGGCGGCCCGGCGGGGACAUUGAAAAAAAAAAAAAAAAACAGACCAACCUGUGGAAUGAUAUACUGGAAUCCUAUCGACGUGGAAAACUAUAUGUGCGUCUGUGCGCGUUUGUGAAAGAGUGUCGGUGCCUUUUUACGUCUUAGAAUUUUGUGGCCUUAAGUCCGGCGAGACAUGGACGCUUUCUGUUUUGAUUUCCUUUAUUUUUUUCCUUGACGAGACACUCCGGGGAAAGUGUAAACUUACUCAAUAUUGACUGUCGCGUCUCUCCCCCGUCGGUGGCGAAGAGAUAGCCGCCGAUAUCAUGAGACGAUGUUCAAUAAAUGAACGAGUGUAUUUAUUGUUA